AUGGACAAAAAGCCCUUGUGGGCAUUGACCACACUACCCGUUUAUUCUGAACUCAUCGCAGCUCUUGAAAAAGCAAAGAGGUCAGAUUGUUUAACAAAACCAAUGGCAGAGGAACUGGAGAGGCUGACUUUUCAAUGUAAAAGGACAGGGAAUGCCAUAAUACAGAAGCUACCUUUACCAGCUGAAGGGGACACUAUCAUUGUACUGGAUGACAAUGACAAGGAUUUGCACACCAAAUACGGCUUCCCGUUUGAGCUCCCCAAUGCCAAUUCCAACCAAAACCCCGACUUGACACCUAGCACAAGCCAAAAUUUGAUUUAUCCCGACAAAAACAAAAUGCUGCCUACCGAGGAACGAGACAACAAGCAGAAUAACGAUAAAAGAGAAGAUAGCAACAUGAAGAGAGUUCUUGAAUCCACUCCAAAAUCACCAAAUCAAAUUGAUGUUUCUGAAGAAGUUGAAACUUUUGAUCAAGAUACUGAUUCUUGCAAUGAAGGGGCCAAGUUGAUUCCUCCUCACGUACAAUAUAGGCAGUCUGAGACCUCAUCCAAUGAAUCAAAGUCAGCACCUGUUGUCAGCCAAUCCACUCAAUCUGAAAAGGAAACUGUAGAUCCCAAUUCCACUCUGACUUCCAUCCAAUCUAAAGAAACUGAAUGUGUUAUGAGCCAAAUUGAUUCACUUCCGACCACCAAUCAAGACACCAAUGUUGAAAACCAAACAGAAAAUUCGGAUCUGGAUCCUGUCGUCAAUCAAGGCCCCAGCUCCUCAACUGUAAAAAAUGUUCCAAAUUCAACCCCCAAUGUAGUUCAAUCAGCUGAGUCUGAAAUGGAAAUUGAUGAAUCUCAUUCAAAUCUUAUUAUACAUCAAUCUUCUGAGCCAAAAAUCAAGUUUUUCAUAGGUUUGGAUCAGAUCAAGAAGGAGCUUAAUGAACUCUUACCGCCAUACAAUGGAAAUCAAUGCAGUAAGAAUGCAAAGCUUAUUGCAUGGGAAGCCUUGACUUCUUUAUUAGAACAAAGACGGGUGGGGAAACCGUUGGAUCCGGAAUUCUUAGAUUCCAUUGAUAAUGGUACCAACAGUGUGGUGAUCAGGACCCAGUUUAAUGCGCAGACCUGGUUUGAAGCCAUACAACAUGUGAUGCCUAAUCUUUUCAAUUCUCACUCAGGUGAGCCUUCCUACUCAGUUGGGUUGUUCAACACUACCCAAUUGAAGAAGGAAUCAAUGUCGGACAAAGUUCCUCAUGCCGGGAAAACUUUCUUGAAAGAACCUCCUCCCUCAGAAAAAGAAAAGGCCAGGACUGGAAUUGAAGCAAAGGCUGCAAAAGCAAACGAUUCAAAGCCUAUGUGGCUUCUUGAUACAAACAAUCUUAAACCUCUAGGCGACAUUGGUCUCGUACAACAAUGGCGAGAUUUAUUCAUCAAGGUGCUGGAUGCUUAUGUGGUUCAAUACUUUGAAGCCAAGUUAUAUUGA